AUGGCCGCCGGCAUUCUACGCGUCAAAGCAGACGCAGUCAUCAAUGAAAAUGGAGAACGUGUCAUUCUGCGCGGAGCAGCUCUCGGGGGGUGGAUGAACAUGGAGAAUUUCAUCACUGGCUUCUCGGGCCACGAAUCCCAGCACCGUGCUGCCAUGCGCAAGGUCCUCGGGCCGGAAAAGUACGAAUUCUUCUUCGACAAAUGGCUGGAAUACUUCUUCACCGAGGCGGACGCCAAGUUCUUUGCGAGUGUGGGACUCAACUGUCUGCGACUACCGUUCAACUACCGUCAUUUUGAAGAUGAUAUGAAUCCGCGCGUGUUGAAGGAGUCUGGGUUCAAGCACCUAGACCGGGUUGUGGAUUUGUGCGCUAAACAUGGCAUCUACACGAUCUUGGAUAUGCAUGCCGUGCCCGGUGGCCAGAAUCCUGACUGGCAUUCUGAUAACCCAACCAGCUAUGCCGCCUUCUGGGACUACAAGGACCACCAGGACCGCACUGUAUGGCUCUGGGAACAGAUUGCUGCGCGAUACAGACAGAACCCUUGGGUUGCGGGGUAUAAUCCGCUUAACGAACCCUGCGAUCCGGAGCACGUGCGACUUCCAGCAUUCUAUGCCCGCGUAGAGAAAGCUAUUCGAGCAAUUGACCCGGAUCAUAUCUUGUGGCUGGAUGGGAAUACCUUUGCUAUGGAGUGGAAAGGGUUUGAGACCGUGUUGCCGAAUUGCGUAUACGCCAUGCACGACUAUGCAUCAAUGGGGUUCCCUACUGGGGAUAGAUACAAGGGGACGCCCGAGCAAAACGAGCGUCUCGAGCGACAGUAUCUCCGCAAAGCGCGGUUCAUGAGUGAAAAAGGCACACCGGUCUGGAACGGCGAGUUCGGACCUGUCUACGCCGAUCCUGCCUUUGAUACCGAUGCCGUGACGGUGAAUCAGGAGCGAUACAACCUCUUGGGAGAACAGCUGCGCAUCUACGACAAAUACAAAAUCCACUGGUCCAUCUGGCUAUACAAGGACAUUGGUUUACAGGGCAUGAUCUAUACUGACCCGGAGAGUCGAUGGAACAAAACAAUUCAGCCUUUCUUGAACAAGAAGAGAGAUUUCUGGCUUGAUAAAUGGGGACAACGCCCUGCGGCCGAGCCUGAAGCUGCGUUGAAGCCUCUUGUUGAUUUUAUUGAUCGCGUUAGUCCCUCGGCUAAGGAUACAUAUCCCACGCCUUGGAACACGGAGAUGCAUGUUAUGCGUAACGUGUUCAAUACUUUUCUGGCUGCUUCGUUUGUGGAUGACUUUGCGGCUUUGUUUCAAGGCUUGGAUGAGACGGAGCUGGAGGAGUUGGCAAGGAGCUUCCAUUUUGAUGAGUGUGUGCAGCGCAAUGGCCUGAAUCGGAUUCUGAAGGAGCAUGCGCAGGUAACCCAGUGA